AUGUUUAAACUUUGCGGCUGGCUUCUACCAAGGAGUAGGACCUUAUUUGAAUUAAGGAAAGCAGGUGUGAUGCCAUUUCAUAGUACUGCUUUGACACUGUCCGAAAACGACAAGAUUGAUUCUUCCAUUAAAGUUGCCGAGAUACCAAAAAAGGGUAAGGCGAAACGGUUGAUUAACACUGUUAAUCGUUCGAAAGAUAACGACGGUCAUAGUACCUGGAGGGACAACACUGCACUUCCCGAUUGGAAAAGACAGAAAUUCGCUUUGAAGGAGAAACUAAAUGGGGAGCGAUGGAAUCCCAAGAAAAAAUUGUCCAGAGAACAGAUGGAAACUGUAAGGCUUUUGAAGAGACAGUUCCCUCAUAUGACGUCUGGGGACAUUGCUAUUCAAAUGAAAGUGUCCCCAGAAGUUGUUAGAAGAAUCCUCAAAUCUAAGUGGGAACCUACUGAAGAAGAGCUGGAGGAUAUACAGAGGAGAUGGAAGAAAAGAUCUGAUAGGAUCUUGGAUUUAUAUGAGAAUGGAAAGAUCGAUGGAUAUACGGGAAUUAUUCCAGUGACAAGAAAAGUUGUUAUUGGAGGCCCUAAUUCUGAGCAUAUUAUACAUAGAAAGAAACCACAACAGGAUUUGGGACCUUCAAAUAAGCUGCAUUACAAUAAAUCCAAGCAUAUAGAUAGAGGUGCAGUGAAAGCCCGGAAUAAUUUGCAUUUACUAUUGAAGAAAAAAAUCUAA